AUGAUUUCAAAUAUUAGUCCACUGGGUCAAGCCAUUGUGGGUACUUUAUUUACAUGGUGCCUUACAGCAGCUGGAGCAGCUGUGGUUGUUGUAUUUUCAGGUUCUCAGAUGAAAUUAUUACAUGCAAGUCUUGGAUUUGCAGCAGGUGUUAUGUUAGCAGCUUCCUUUUGGUCACUGCUGAGCCCAGCAAUAGAAAUGGCUGAACAAUCAAAAAAUUAUGGUGUAAAUGGAGAAUAUGCAUUUCUACCAGUGUCAGUGGGUUUUUUGUUUGGUGGUCUUUUUGUAUAUCUCACAGAUUUGCUGAUAUCUAGUUUUGGUUUGUGUGCACCUCAUCUAUUACUAGCAAUGCAAAAAGAUACUUUUAAAAUAAAAAAAUCAGGUGAACCUGAUCAUCAUCAAUUAACUGAUUUUGAUUUUUCUAAUCCAAUGCCUGAUUCUACCGUCCGUUCGUCCACAAUGUUUUCAAUAAGUGAUCCAACAAAUUUAAAUUGUAAUUAUUCAAAUAAUCCUACAACUUCAAUACCCACUUCAAAUUUAAGUAAUCCUCGAGCUCGUAAUUUUCUAAAGAGUUAUCAAAAAUUUAACAAAGGACAAAACAUGUCGGGAACCGUGGAAAAUCCCGGUAUGAGCUGUGAAAAUUUGGGUAGCAUAAGAGAUGAAAUGUCGGAUUCUGUUGAAUGCAUAACAAAAGGUGGAACUUCUGGUGAUCAAUGGAAAAGAAUAGUUCUUUUGAUAGUUGCAAUAACCGUUCAUAACAUACCUGAAGGUUUGGCUGUAGGAGUUGGUUUUGGAGCAAUUGGUAGCACUCCUUCGGCAACUUUUGAAAAUGCCAGGUAA